AUGGGUGAAAGCAUGGAGAAAGCUGGAAAAAUUGUGGUGGUUGCGGUGACAAAAAUUCCGAGAGGGUCAAGAUCUGCCUAUUUGCAUUUGAGUCGAUCCUCUUCAUUUCUUCACGACGUUGGAAGUUUGGUGAACAGCAAUGUCCAGGUCGGCAUUUGGACAAAUUGUGAAAUCCAACCAUUGAAUAUGGCACAACUGCCCCCAUUUUGGCCCAAGCUGAUAAAAAUUGCACCCGAUUGUCACGCUCAAAAUGUCCAGCUCUCCAGAGUGAGCAGGACGGAAGUGAUUCUCCAAGCGACAAAGGACAUAACUUCCGGUGAAGAACUCUUACUUUGGUUUGACGAGGACCUUCUCAUGGAUGAAAUGGGCAUUCCGCCGUAUCUCAGCCCCGUUAAUAUCAGAGGUGGAAACUCGUACAUUUGCAACAUUUGUGGACAUUCCUUCGAAGCUCCAAAUAAUCUCAAGGUGCAUAUUGCCCUAAAAUGUGACACUUUUCCCGUUUCCGUCUUAUGGGGAAGGCUCGCUUCGUCAUCGUCAACAUCCCCAAAACCUGUUUCCUCCCCUUGGUCCGCAUUUCAAAAUCCUUCCACGUCACCACCACCCAACGACACGCCGCCCUCUUCACUAGUCUCAAUUUUAGUUAAAAAUCAGCUGCCACACCCACACGUGCGAAUGCAUUUUAGUAGUUUCCCCCUCACAACAGCCCCACUACCACACCACUCGUCCCGACAUUCCCUCGUAGUCACGAGCAGUUCAUCCUCAAACAAUUCGACACCUUCAUCGGCUCAUAUCUCGUCAUCAUUGCAGAUCAAUUCCAGUAGUAAUAGAAACAAUAAUGGUCACAAACCCAGUACAACAAAUCGACCCUCAAAGCCCAGGUCGACCAAUGGUCAUCAUGUUCCUCAGAGUGGAAAACGAUGUGGAAAUCCUUCCGUGGAAAAGACCAUUUCAGUCUCUGUCUCAGACCCGGAAGCCCAAUUAGAAUCAAUAGUAAGUAACAUGGGGAAAGCACGGAAUGGACACCACAUGUGCCUAUACUGUGGAAAGUUGUACUCGAGAAAGUACGGGCUGAAAAUUCAUAUCCGAACCCACACUGGGUACAAACCAUUGAGAUGUAAAAUUUGUCAUCGUCCAUUCGGAGAUCCAAGUAAUUUAAAUAAGCAUAUUAGACUGCAUUCAGAUGGAAACACGCCUUAUCGGUGUGACAUUUGUCAAAAAGUUUUGGUCAGAAAACGCGAUCUUGAGAGACAUAUUCGAUCCAGGCACCACACAUUAGGAGAUCCUGCCAUCUCAAUUUCUAUUCCCGACGGCAUGGCGUUAGACUGCAGUAGAACAUCCGCAGCGAGUCAUUUUGUCGAUGAUGUUGAUGUUUUGAGUUUAAAUACCUGAUUGAGUUUAAAAAAUUUA